GAGUCUCGUUCUCCAUGCAAAGAAAGUAAACACGCCAAAUCAACACAAUGAAGUUGAAUGAGCCAAAAUUUCACGUGAACAAAGCACCAGUAUACAUGAGAUAAUUUGAUAGUUAGUUCCCCUCUCCAUUCAUCAUGUCCAUGUCCUUGGAGCACCGCUCUAGUUUGCGGAAAUUGCCCUUUCCAGCCUGCACCAAUGAGGCCUUGAAGCGGCUCCAAAAUCAGUGUUUAACCUUUGCUCACAAACAGCCUUCUCCCAAGGAAAUUGAAGUGGUUCUGGAGGUAAUCAACGAAUUCGUGUUCAAUGCAGGCAGUGGGAAAUCGGACAAGCGUAGCACACCUCAAACCAUUCUGGAGCUUCAAAUGUUACAAGUGUUGCUGGACUAUUUCAAGGAUCCGGACAUUGAUCCAACAGUCUUAUGUACAGUGUUUGUGUUCUUGUUCAUGGAUCCGAGUAAGACCGAGGUCAUGGCUAAACUGGUAUCAUUGGCCAUGUCCAUUCCUACAGAGAGUGUGUUGAAAUGCACGGGCGUGUGGAUGGUCCAACAAGGGUUCACUUCCGAGCGAUGCAUGGAUUUAGCUCAUAUCUUGGUAGACGAGUACAUUCUGGUGAUCCCUGAUCACGUGAACACACUGAAGAAUCUAGCUCGAUUAUGUCCCAUCUUUACCUCAAAUCUCAUGACGGCCAUAACGGAUAUGUACCCUACCCUGGAUAAGCCUCCACCCAAGAAGAUCUUGGAGCUGUUUGUGGCCUGGAUGAAUGUGUCCAGUUGUAUUCCUUUCACGGCUGCCAACAAGGCCAUCAAUGGAUCGUUGCCACCUUCGUCCGCCGGAUCCCAGAGUAAUUCGGGCACUUUCACGUCUUUGAUUGGGAUGGCACGAUGGAACAUUUUGGCUCCUUUGCUUGAUGAUCCAUCGAAUGACGCCAUUUACGCCCGACUUCAACUGGCCUUGCUUGAAUCCUUCAUCGAGGUUCAAUCGAUUCGGAGCGAGUACAAACCGGACGUUGUGGCCGUGAAAAAAGUGGUGGCACUCAUUCAAAGCUUAGAAAUGGCGAUGAAAUCGUGCGAAAAUGUCCAACCCGAGGCCAAACAGGAAUCGCUGGAUCGAUUGGGCCAAUUCCUUCAAGCUGUGUCCUUUUCGCAAUGCUUAAGUGGACGAAUAGCGGAAAUCAUUACAACCUUGAAGAAGUUACCGAGUAACCGACUCAUACAAAUGUAUGUUGUAAACUUGGCCAAAGUCUGAUAAAUAUAACAAUCACAAUGUCCAAGACCUGGCUUAAGUAUAAGGUCUGCUAAGGUUCAACCAGCACCCAGGGGACCGAUCGUUGUUGGAUCUACUUGGGGCCUGGUGGACGACGUCUUGGGGGCCUUAAUGGUCCUAAGCAGUCUGUCAUUUAUUCUCAAAUUACUACCAUACCGCUGUGGAGCAAAGAAGUCUCGUCUCGAUUGCUCAAGCUCAAAUUCUCGUCAUCAUUGUUAAAAAAAAGGGCGCUCCAUUUCAAACAAGUAAACAACGAUAAUCAGUAUUGUUUUGUCAACGUACCUAAAUAUGCCAAAAAAAUCACAUUUUUGCACCUCUUUGAUAAAAUUAAAAAAAAAAACUUUUGAACAUAAAUCAUACUCUCAUUUAAAACUUCAAAUUAGUUCGGUUCGCGGCGCGUAAAACAUUUCGAUUUAUCAUGCAAAGAUGGAAUCUUCUCAUUAAAACGUUAUAGAACAUUAAAAUUGCUUUUUCGCCACCGACGAGAGUUCCAUUUCGUAACCUUCUAUCACACUUGGCUAUAAUGUCUCCCAAACAAGAUUGAUACGUACCCUUGGAUGGCGAUGUUGUCCCAAGGGUUUUUGGGAGGAACAUACCAAACCAAAAAUGGAACAUGCUGGACUGUCGGUCUCGAAGAGGGGCGCCAACCAGGAUACAGGACCACCUCAUUCGGCCCUGCCUUUAAUAAACCAACGCCUUAACAAGCAUCGUCCACAACUCCAAAUGGAACGUGUUUUUAGGGAGUGUUUCAAUGCUUUGGAGGACCAUUUCCUCGCUCCAUUUGAGGAUGGAUCAGGAAAGAAUCGAGUGAAAUAAGAUCGUGUUGGUCUCUUCUUUGGUUCGCAUCGUUGCUAGAUCGGUUGUUGGAUGAUGGGUGGGUGGGUGGUUUGGUGGGUGCAUGAGCGGAAAUGAAGCAAAGAAAUCGACCACGAAUUGCCUGCUCGUCAAAAUGCGAUUUCUUCCUCUGUCCAUAGACAUCUUCCCAUCUUUCUCCGGAGGCCGAUAGGCAGGGUGAUGAUUGAUUGGGAUACUUCUUCUGUCUGCCGUCAAUGAGCCUCUUUUUUUCGGGGAUAUGACCGGAAAUGUGAAUCCAAUCGACCAACGAUGAGGAUGGGAUCGUUCUUUGUGAUUGUGGUUUUGCAAGACCGGCGCACCCCGAUUUCAGACAUUUCUCCCACCGCUUUUCGAUUCUGUACAUCUUUUUUGACACUCUCUUGGCAAAGAAGUGACGGUUCCUGAAUUCAGAAAUUCAAUCGGGUGGAUGUCUAAAAACUGUUCAAGGAAUGUACGUGUAUCGUUCAAUAUGAAAAAAAGACAUGUAUUAAAACGGGCCAAUGAUA